CAUAAGUCUAAGCCAUCCCGUGUCUCCAAAUUCACGAAAAUGAUGUUUUGUGCACCACAUCCAGGAAAUAGUUGUAAGAAUUUCAAAGGCUUUGCUCUCCAAGUCCUACAAGGGAGAUGGUUCAUGAUGUUUGCAUCAUUUAUGAUCAUGGCAGUAUCAGGAGCUAGCUACAUGUUCAGCCUCUACUCCAGAGAAAUCAAGUUCUCUCUCGGGUAUGACCAAUCCACUCUCAAUUUGUUAAGCUUCUUCAAGGACGUGGGUGCCUACAUAGGCGUUCUCUCUGGUCUAAUCAAUGAGGUAACGCCUCCUUGGGUUGUGUUAUCAAUGGGUGCUGUUCUAAAUUUUUUUGGGUUUUUCAUGAUUUGGCUUGCGGUGGCAAAAAAAAUAGCAAAUCCCCGCCUGUGGCACUUGUGCUUGUACAUCGUUAUUGGAAGCAAUUCUCAUUGUUUUACCAACACUGCAGUUAUGGUGACCAGCGUAAAGAAUUUCCCGGGCAUCCGCGGCAUUGUAUUAGGCAUUUUGGGUGGGUAUGUAAGUUUGAGUGCAAUAAUCAUCACUCAAUUGUACUAUGCCUUCUUUAUAAAUGACUCCAAAUCUAUGAUUUUGAUCAUGGCAUGUCUACCAACAGCCACUGCUUUGAUUCUCCUACCAGUUAUAAAGAACCACAAGAGUAUUCAACAGAAAAAUGACUCCAAAGUUUUCUAUAGGUUCAUCUACUUGGUACUAGCUCUUGCAGGGUUCCUCAUGAUUAUGAUCAUUUUGCAAAUAUCUUUCAACUUCACCCAGAGUGAGUAUUAUGCCACUACCACUGUGAUGCUUCUCUUACUUACCCUUCCACUUGCUGUUGUUAUUGUGGAAGACUGCAAGAUUUGGAAGAGCAAACAGGAACUUAUCAAUUGUGAAAAUCCUCCGAGACCCGUGGAUACAACAACAAAAUCUAAUGAAUUGAAGUCUGAACAAACUAUCCCUGAAGGACUUUCCUGUUGGCAAAAUAUUUUGAGGCACCCGGAAAGAGGUGAAGAUCAUACAGUACUUCAAGCCAUUUUUAGCCUUGAUAUGGUUAUUCUUUUCUUUGCUACUGUAUGUGGAUUUGGUAGCAACCUGACUGUGUACAAUAACUUGAGUCAGAUUGGGAAGUCCUUAGGAUAUCCUUCAUAUACUAUAACCACAUUUGUCUCCCUUAUGUCCAUUUGGAUUUUUCUCGGUAAAAUUGCACAAGGGGUGCUCUCAGAAUUUAUGAUAACAAAACUGAAACUCCCUAGGCCUCUCAUGUUCACGAUAGUCCAUGUAUUGUCUUGUAUUGGUCACCUUUUAAUUGCUUUCAAUGUUCCAAAUGGUCUAUACGCAGCCUCAAUUUUUAUUGGGUUUUGCUUGGGAGCAAGCUGGCCAAUAAUUAAUUCCCUCAUAUCUGAAUUGUUUGGUCUUAAACAUUACUCAACAUUGUACAAUGUUGGGACAGUAGCAAGUCCAAUUGGGUCAUACUUACUCAAUGUGAAGGUCGCAGGGUAUCUGUAUGACAGGGAAGCUAGAAGGCAAAUGGCAGCAUUGGGGCUACAAAGAAAGCCAGGAGAGGAAUUGAACUGCAAUGGGAGUGACUGCUACAAGUUGGCUUAUAUCAUAAUCACUGCAGUUUGCUUAUUUGGGGCGCUUGUGUCAUUCAUUUUGGUGCUUAGGACCAGACAGUUCUACAAAACUGACAUAUACAAGAAAUUCACAGAAGAACCUAGGACUGCUGAAACUAAAAUGGUUAUCCCUGGAAAAGAUUGAACAACUUACUGCAACUGAAAUGGUUAUCUCUUACACUCACUGCAGAUGUAAGGUUUUAGGGGAAACUGUGUUGUCCUUUACUAGUAUAGUUUACUCGUUAAUGUGUUGCGUAUAAAAAAUGUAUUCAUACCUCUUCUACUGCUACAAUAGUGAGAGAUAACCUCACGACACCAGGCAUCAGAGCUGAUGGUACGACUCUGAUUACGCGUGAAGAUGAGACUUACAUUUAAGGGGAGAUUAUUGAAUCUUCAAGUGUAAUAAAAAAUUAAAAUAAAUAAACAUGUUCAUAUUGGAUGAAAAAGGAAGUGCUCUACAACAUAUAAAUGAUAUAUACGUACCUCCUACUCAAAA